UACGAGGUUAUGGGGGUAUAUAUAAAGCCUGAUAUCAGGAGGGAAAGAAUCUUCAAGUUCGGAUUCCUCUCCUACAGAUGUCAAGGAGGACGAGUCCUCCUCUCCAAGUCACCAUGUACAAGCUAAUAUUCUGCUGCUUAUUUUUUGCCUGCUUCUUAAGCCCCUUCUUGUCUCUUCCUGUCGUCGAUUCCAGGGCAGUGGCAUAUCGGCUCUCAGCAGAUGACGAGGAUGCAAAGCUAACGUUGAACGACCUGUACAGAGCGUCCCUCUUGCAAAUGCUGCCAGAGAUUUUCGGUGCAGAAAGAGAUCAAGAGUCCAGGAAAGCUGAUCUUAGUGCUGACAUUUUUGACCCACAAGAAAAUGUGAAAAAGGUUUUUUAUGGAAAAGAUUCCAAAAUCUCACUCCUGAGUCAUCUUCUGGCUAGAACCAGGAAACAAUUUAAGAAACGUGGGACCCCUUCAGAAUGUUUCUGGAAGUACUGCGUGUAAAAUGAGAUUUAGGCUUCUUCCCCUAUUGCUUUAUUAUAUUUAUAACCCUCUUGGAAAUUAUAAAUAAAGUUGUUUGAUUUAAAAGUAAUGGCUUAAAAAACCCCUAAGCAAAUAACAUUCAUUAUUGUUUAAAAAUAAAUCCUCUAUGUUUUGCAAGUA